AUGACUAAUAACGAUCGUGUUAGUGACAUUGUUUAUAUUGAUUCAAAUGAAAAUGCUGAUAUUGAUCCAAAUGAAAAUAAAGAUAUUAAAUCUCUUAGUAAGGAAGAAAUUGAAGACGAGAUUCAUGCGCUAAAAAAGCAAACGAUGGAUAUAAAAAGCGAAAUCAAAAAG